GAUCAUGGCGGUACCGUUGCCAGCUGUUGCAGAACGUAUGAAUAAUCCUAAAAAUCCGGUCGUUUUUUUCGAUGUGACUAUUGGGGGUCAGGAAAUUGGUCGAAUGCAGUUUGAACUCUUUCAAGAUAUUGUCCCGAAAACUGUAGAGAAUUUCAGACAAUUUUGCACUGGUGAAUAUCGUAAAGAUGGUGUACCAACUGGAUACAAAGGGACAUCUUUUCAUAGAAUCAUUAAAGAUUUCAUGGUACAAGGUGGAGAUUUUAUCAAUGGCGAUGGAACAGGAUCAUUUAGUAUUUAUGGUGGUGUCCAGUUUGCAGAUGAAAAUUUCCAUGUGAAACAUUGUACUUGUGGAAUGUUAUCUAUGGCUAAUAGUGGUCGUGAUACAAAUGGUUGUCAGUUUUUUAUUACUUGUGCACCUUGUGAUUUUCUUGACGGGAAACAUGUUGUUUUUGGUCGAAUUGUCGAUGGAAUGUUGGUGUUAAAGAAAAUUGAAAAUGUUCCAACUGGUGCUAACAAUCGGCCUAAAGUUCCAGUGCUUAUAUCUCAAUGCGGAGAAAUGUGAAAUCAGAGAAACUAUAUCGAAAUUAUUAUUCCAUGUGUAUUGAUGUCUAUCCAAUGAGAUGAUACUUAUUUCAUACUUCCUCCUCCUCGUUUUUCUGUAUCACCAUCGUCUUCUGCAGUGUAUAUUGUGUAAAAUGAGAUGCGCCUUUUCGCAUAUGAAAUAUAAAUAAUUUUAUCUAAGGUCUUAUUUGAUUCUCUUUUGAAUGUAUGAUAUGCAGUGCACUUUAUAGAUAUGCGUGUGUUUGUGUGUGUGUGUAAAUGUUAGGUCAUAUUGUGUUGUUGGUGCAAACGCAUUGA